AUGAUUAUCAUUAAACCUUGUAAGCGCAAUACUCGUUCGUCUACUACUGCCGUUCUGCAUACUCCUCCCAAUGAUGUAUGUGCUGCUACCACACGAGAACGCUGUCGAACUGCAUCGGGCGAUUCAACCGUACUUACCAAAAAAACAUCUCCUAGUGCCCUACGGGCAAAUUCCUCCCUAUCACAGGGUUCUAGAAAGGAUGAUUUAUCAACACACCCUGAUGUUCAAGGCUCUCUCAAAAGUCUUUCAGCAGCCAAUGAGGAAGCAAUCAAGCCUUGCAAAUCAGGAAAAAGUGACGGGAAUGAUGACGACACCAAAGAUGAGAUCUUUUUUGCCCAGCAAGUUGUGCCGAACUCCUGUGCUACACAUGCCCUUCUUAGUAUCUUAAUGAAUAGGCCAGAGUUAGACCUAGGCCUGAUGCUUACUGAAUUCAGAAAAGCCACGAAGCGCCUUUCUCCAGAGACCAAAGGCCUCGCAAUAGGAAGCAUGCCUCCUUUGGCUCAUGCGCAUAAUCGACACGCAACAGGUCGUCACCAGCCUGCUCUCUUGUCCCUUGUGGGCUCUUCUUCUUCUAGCCUGAUUGCUCUACAAUGUCCUUUAGAUUUACCUACCUCAUUACUUGAACCUAACGAUCCCAUGACAAAUGUCUUAGAAGCUAGUCAGGCAGCUGCUACUGCUGUGUCUACUGCUCUAGCAGCAGCGGGUCGCUCAGGAAAUGAACAUUUUUCGGACACCAGUUCCACCCAUUUUACGGACAACUUUUCUCCCGGUGAUUUUGAGGGCCACACGCCUGUCGGGCGUUCUACUUUACAUAUAUUAUCAUCUGGAUCAACCGCAGGUAUUGGUGCUUCGAUUUCAGCCCCAUCAACUAAUCUUUCUCUCUCUGUAUCACCAUCCUUGGCUCUACCAUUGGGCGGAAAUGUAGAACCUCCUGACACCUUUCACUUUGUCUGUUUUCUGCCGAUUCGAGGACGCCUUUAUGAGUUAGAUGGACUUAAAUCUGCACCAAUAGAUCAUGGUCCCCUCAUAUAUGCUGAAGGAUCAUAUUCGGAAUCUGGAUCCGAAGGAAAUUGGACUGCGCAAUGCGCAGAGUUGCUCAAACAGCGCAUGAUUGAGGCAAGCAAGGUUGGCUUUAUCUUUUGA